AUGUCAGCCCACCAACCCCACGAUGACGUCGAGGACGUGGACGACGACAUGCUGGAAGAAGACGAGAUAGGCGAAGAAGUGCCCUCGGACGACGACGCAGCCAUGGACUCGGAUGAGGACGCAGACGAGGACCCCUCGGCCACGUUGGAAGAGAUUCAGCUCAUCAACGACAGCGUCGCGCACUUUGACGGGCACAAAGACUCGAUCUUCUGCAUUGCUUCCCAUCCCCGAAAUCCAAACGUCGUCGCGACAGGCGGUGGCGAUGAUGUGGGAUAUAUACUCGACGCGACCCCGCCACAGCCGCCCGUGCUUCCUCCGAGCUACGAAAGCGAUCCGCGACCGGUAGAACGAGAGGGAUUGAAGCCUAUUUUCAAGUUGGAGGGGCAUACGGACAGCAUAAACGCAAUCACAUUCACACUUCCUCGCGGAGAGUAUGUGGUGUCGGCGGGACUGGAUGGAAAACUGAGGACAUGGCAGUCGGACGCGUCAGGGCUGAAGUGGAGAUUCAUUGCGGAGGCGCAAGAGGUGGAGGAAAUCAACUGGCUGGCGGCUUGUCCGCACCCAGAGUACCCGAACACGGUAGCCAUGGGCGCAAACGAUGGCUCUGUCUGGGUUUACACGAUCAACGCGGCGGACAAGACAUCGCCCUUGAGUAUUGUCCAGACGUUCUACAUCCACCAGGAAUCAUGUACGGCUGGGGCCUGGACGCCAGACGGCAAGCUACUGGCAACAGUCUCGGAAGACUCGAGUCUAUAUGUGUGGGAUGUGUUCGGAGAGGCUGCCGCGGCGGGACUGGUCGAGGCGCAAGGCAGCCAAAGUGUCGUCGGACUCACUGGCCACGACGAGCGUUUCAAGGUUGAAGGGGGCCUAUACAGCAUCGCCAUCUCGCCGAACGGCUCCUUGAUUGCGGUCGGUGGACCCGAGGGCCAGAUACGGAUCGUCGGGCUCCCACGCUUAGGCGCAGAUGCGUCGGCAACGAGUAGCGCAACAGGUGCCGGGCAAAAAGGCAAAGCUGCUGGUGGCAAGCAAGCCGGUGGGCCGAAGGCUGGCUCCAGCGGACAAGCCGGGCAGAUCCUCGCCUCACUCCAAGCGGGCUCCGACAGCGUAGAAACCAUUUCGUUCGCCCAGCCGCCUCUCACACUCAUGGCCGCCGGAAACGUGGACGGCUCUAUCGUCCUGUUCGACGUGGCACAUCGUUUCGCCGCCAGGCGGCGGAUCGAAAACGCGCAUGAGGAUGAGGGCGAGGGCCAGGCAGUCAUCAAGGUCGAGUUCUCGAAGAAGUCUGGCCAGGGCGGCUGGCUGCUCACAUCGUGCGGGAAUGACGGCGUGGUCAGGAGGUGGGAUGCACGAGGGGGUACGACUGCUGCUGCCAGAGGGUUAGUCGGCGAAUGGAGGGGGCACAGGGGUGGUGGUGACGGGGGCGGCAUCAUGGGCUUUGUGCAGGGCAAGGAGGAGAAGUCUGUUGUGACUGCCGGUGAUGAUCAUAUCACGCUUGUCUUUUCGACUCCUGUAGCAUGA